ACAUGUGCAAAGACGUGUCUCUAGAUGCACUGGAGGCCAGAAAAAAGGCAAGAGACCAAUGAUCUAAAAUGCACAAAGGAAUAAGUUGGAGCUUGAAAAGUUAACAUCCAGAGAGGAGAAGAGAUGCUGCUACUACUGACAUGACAAGAGCCCUGACCAUGCUUGCGUCCUUCUUUCUUCUGCUUCUCUGCGGGCUUUUGGGAGGCUGCGUCCUGUCCGUCUGUCCGUCCGUGUGCUCUUGUAGUGGGGGUCACCGUGAUGCGGACUGUUCUUCUAGAGGCCUGACCAAGCUGCCACGCGGCCUGCAGCACAAUAUCAGGUUCCUCAACUUGUCUUUUAACAGCUUGCAAGUCCUCGGCGGCGAGCUCGGCCACUACGCUCAGCUACGAAGCCUGGAUCUGUCCUUCAACCACCUGGAAAGCCUGCCGCCUGUCCUGCCCAGGUCUCUAUGGGACAUUAAAGCAUCAUGGAACCAUCUUCGCUCUCUGGACAAGAACGACACAGCUUUCCACUGGAACCUUAAACAGCUAGAUCUGUCACACAAUGAACUGGAGAGAAUAGUUUUCAUCAACAACACCCUCCUCAGCGUUAAAUCUCUCAACCUCAGCCAUAACAGAUUCUGGACCGUGCCCACCAACAUGCCUCAGAACCUGGAGAGCAUCGAUUUGUCUUUUAACUAUUUGGUUCAGAUUCUGCCUGGGUCUCUGGACCGCCUUCCAAGGCUGGUCAAACUGUACCUGCAUGCUAACCACUUCUCCAGUCUGACGGGAGGCGUGUUUGAUAAACUGACGGCACUGGAAACCAUAACUCUUGGAGAUAAUCCCUGGGCAUGUGAAGAGGAGAACAUAACGGGAAUCCUUCAGUGGGCAGAGAAAACUGGUGCAACCGUUCUGGGAUGUCCCUGCUUUACACGACCCGUCUGUGGACAAAACCAUCUGGCCACCAGAGACGGAGAACCGGAGCCAGCUCCACUUACAGAGGAAACCCUCUGGGUGAACAGCAGAGGAGAAGGAUAUGAUGACGUGUCCACUUCAAGGACCAUCAUGGUCACCUCUACCUAUGAGGAAAACCCUUCUCUGUAUCAGACCGGGUUGUUGGUGUGGACGUCCUCUACAAAGUCUCACAGCGUCUCUGAAGACACCAGCACCGUUAAGCCCAAGAUGGCCAGCUCUGUGAGCAACGCUCAGACAGUUGAGCCUCAGAUGAAAAUUGUGACUCUAAAUUUUUUACUUUGUACGAUAGCAACCAGCAUGUAGGAAACUAGUAUUCUCAGGGAAAGAACCCCGAUACCCUGAUGCUUCACACGUU